GGACACUCGACCCACCGGGCUGGAUCCAUGGAUAAUAACGCCGCCAAUUCGGAGAAAUCUCAGCUGAUACACGAGAAGAAUGCCAAGAUGUAUUCCCUGAAACUGCAAAGCGCCUUUCCGGACUCCAAAGAGCAGUAUCCCGACUUCCCUUUCAAGAACGGCGGCAUGGCCGGCGCCAUCGAGCUGAAGCGACCCGUCGGCGCCCACUGCCACGGCACCAAGGCCCUGGUGCGCGACGAGGGCGUGGACAGGAUGCUGGCCAGGAAGAAGCUCUGCAUCGCCUCGGCCGUCUGCCUCGUCUUCAUGAUCGGCGAGGUCAUAGGGGGCUACCUGGCCCACAGCCUGGCCAUCAUGACGGACGCCGCCCACCUCCUCACAGAUUUCGGCAGCAUGAUGGUGAGCCUGUUCUCCCUGUGGAUCUCGUCCAGGCCGCCCACCAAGACCAUGAACUUUGGUUGGCACAGAUCAGAAAUCCUCGGGGCGUUCAUCUCAGUCAUAUCCAUCUGGAUCGUUACGGGGGCUCUGGUCUAUUUAGCCAUCGAGAGGAUCGUACGCAAUGACUACGAGAUUGAUGGCCACGUGAUGUUGGUCACCUCCGGGUGCGCGGUCAUCGUCAAUAUCAUAAUGGCCUACAUCCUCCAUCACUCCACCACCUUCCACUCCCACGGCAGCGGCUACCACCACAUCGACGAGGACGGUCAGAGUCCCGUGUCGCACGGCCACGGCCACGGCCACACGCUGCUCAGCGGCCACGACAACACGAGCGUGCGCGCCGCCUUCAUCCACGUGGUCGGCGACCUGCUGCAGAGCGUCGGCGUCAUGGUGGCGGCGACCAUCAUCUACUUUCGGCCCGAGUACAAAGUCGCAGAUCCCAUCUGCACGUUCCUGUUUUCCGUCUUCGUCCUCUGCACCACCGUCACCAUCCUCAGGGACGUCUUCAGGAUUCUCAUGGAAGGGUCUCCUAAAGGAAUAGAGUUCAACUCGGUGAAGGAGGUGCUGCUGUCCGUGAAAGCCGUGAAGUCCAUGCACAGUCUGCACCUCUGGGCUCUGACUCUGGGCCAGUCACUGGUCUCUGUUCACCUGGCCAUAGAAGAAGGUGCCGACCCUCAGUCUGUGCUGCAGGAGGCCACCGAUCUGCUCCACACCAAGUUCGGUUUCUUCAGCAUCACCAUCCAGGUGGAGCUCUACUCUGAAGACAUGAGCCACUGCUCCCGCUGCCAGGACCCCAGCGACUGAGACUGACCCUGACACUGGACUGAACUGGACUGGACUGGACCCAACAGGACAUGGAACGGCUCCGGCACAUUCUCAUUCCCUCUCUGGGUGGGCUGCACCAGUCACAGCUGUAUUCACAAUGCGUAGAAAGAGAUUUUGGUAGAUUGUUCUGUUCGUCAUAAAGAGUCACGGCGAGGUCAUUCAUGUGUUGGUUGUCGAGUGCAGACGCUGGUGCUCCAUGCAAGUUAGGAAGAUACUAAGUCCAGGGUAUGGUGCUCCUGCUCCAGUCCUUUAGGGUUCAUGGGCUUUUCACCACACACUGGGACAAUUUCUAAAGCAGAACUGAGGUUAAGCUCACAGAGUAAAUCAGGCGCUAUCUUGUCAAGAAAUCUAUCCAGACUAAAAGAAAGUGGAGCCCCGACCAAGACAGUUUUGCCAAAAUGUUGAUCUUGUCUUUACAAAUAUGCAACCGAACCAUUAGACCUCCCCAAUCUCACCUCCGUCAUUCUCAUCCUGUCACGACAACACAGAACAAAUUUGCGCUGAAGUACAGUAACGAAAUGAUUACUUACCAAUAGAUGGAAAAAAAUAACCAUAAUAGUGCACUUCCUGGCUCCUGUAGCUCACAGAAAAAGUAUUUUUACUUACACUUGUAACAGGUUCCGUAAAUUUGUCCAUGCGAGAAAUUCCGGGCCAGACGCUGCUUGCAGACCUACAUUCAUUUAAUAUGACCGUGACCAACAUGAACGCUGGAGGUCCAUCGUGAGCCCUCUUUAGAAGAAUGGAAGUAAAAACGGGAUAACAAGUGUAAGGACAUACCGUAAUAAACUGUCAAUUGAAUGGAUGCUAGGCCACUAGCACGAGGGUACCAGUAUUAAACGUGAUUGGACCUCUACAGUCUUAAACCUUUAAAAUGAAAUAUGAAGUUAAUAAGUUUAUAUUUAUGCAACUAUUUUCAGGAGACAACGUAUAUCUGUUGUGCAGUCUGUCCAAGUGCGUGACGCUUCGUGAAAGUUGUCAAUGCUGACUGAAAACACUGCCUGACUUUUUGUAUUUCAUGUGAAUUAUGGAAACUGCCAGACACGGGAGCAACAUAAUGUUCCUCAAUAAGGCUUCUACUUAUUGUCUUACUUCCUUGAUAAGGCAAAUCCUGAUUUAUUGGUAUGGAGCGCACUAAACAAUGGUUUUGAAGAGCGUGUGCUAAGGGGGUAGUAUGGAGCACCCGAUGCAACGAUCUACCACAUGGAUGAUUUUGAUGACUGUCGUUUCAACGCUAACUUUACCAAAUGAUCAUCUACCACAUUCUCACUCUACAAUCAACUGUCAUCUUUGCGCCAUCAGCCUGCUUUUCAGCCAAAAGGGUCAGACUGGAAGUUCUGCACCAGUAGCUCGACAUAAAUGGCAUUUUCAAAAGGGUUUUGAUUGCGGAAAAGUUCAUUACAAAAAUCUCGGUAAUUUGUACCACUCUUUUUGAAGAAUAUACCUCUCUACAAAUAUACAUUUGUACAUGCUCUUGGUUGUUGCCUUAGAGGGAUCACAGCAAACUUUGUGAUUUGGGUCGCGUCAUCAUUAAGUCCCAGGAAACCCUGAGUUGGAAAAUUACAAAUGUGGAGGAUUUGGGUAAAAUGGGCCCUGGUCUGGAUCCCUCACAUCCUGAUGCUCCCUUUGACACAUUAUACUGUAUUAUACAUAUAACUUAUACUUGAUUCAUGUGGACUUCACCAAACUCGCCACUUUACUGUUCUUAUAACAACAUGCCAAAGAUGAGGAGUCACCUCCAUCUCCAUGCUGGAAGGGUUGGAGCGUAAUAAAUCCAGGAUCUGAGCAAUAUUCAGUGGAGAUAUGAGGAUUUUGUUGAUAUGUAGUCGAUGUGGAUUGGUUGAUAGGUAGUGGAUGUUUUCUUACGGUACCGACAGCCUCACAACUGAACAUGUUAAGGACUAUUUUUGGCGUUAGUUCUUUUUUUGAUAGUUUUGUUGUUUUCCUUUGUUUCAGUUUCCAGAGUUUGCACUUGAAAACUCUACGGGAUCACUUUUAAAGCCAGCAAACAGCGAGCAGGGUAUUGAUAUUAACUGAGGAAGUGGGAAAAUGGAGUGCGAGUAAGUAAGUGUCAGGCUGGAACAGCACUCAGCCGCUUCCAUCGAGCCGGCAUUCAAGACUGAGGGCAGAAGUGAUUUAGUCCUGCAGUCGGAUGAUUAAUUUGAGAUUCCUGCCGUCAUCCGUCUCGUCUAUCCGUCACUCCCCCUGUAGCCUCGACGUUAACGAUCCAUUUUUUAUUUGUCUCUCUGUUCCCCAAGCUUUCAUCUAUCUAUCCAUCAGUCUGCCGAUCCAUCUGUCCAAUUGUGUCGUACAGCUACAAUUUUCAGUUACUUUUCAGUAGACUAAUCUGUGGAGUGGGAUAAAUAUCCGACACAAAAUCUUACAUGUAAAUGGUGCUUGUGCUGGAUUACGGCGGUGCGAGUAGGGCGAUCACGGUGUCAUCAAGAUCUCUAGAUUCGUCCUCUGGGGACCAUAAAUGCCUACUGCAUUUUUCAUGGAACUUCAUUUCCUUCCCUAGUUUUUGUUUGGUACUGGUCAUAUUUUUGGACUCAAGUAAAGGUAAUUAGUUUGUCUCCUUCGCACCAAUCAGAAAAGCCAACGAGCCGGUCGACAUGCCUGUAAUGUUUCACAGCUGCUAUGAAGUGUUGAUGUUGAUAGUUGUUUUUUUGUUUUUUAAAGAAAGAACAUCCAUUCAGAUCCAAAUAACUUGCAUGGUUGUUUACUGUUACGUGAUAUCAUGUACAUAAAAAAAAAAAUCUUGUUCAACUGCCAAUCAGAAAACGUUGAUAGACCACGUGGACGAUUAAUCAAAAAAAAUUGAAAUUCUAUAUUUUCACCAAUUUUUAAGGACAGACUUGUAUAUUUAAAUAUAGAGUACAACAAGAGUACAUAUGGACCCAACAGCUAUGAAGACUACGUUAAAACAAAUUGAAUGUAAUGAAGACCAAUGUGUUUUACUGUACUAGUUUUGAUAUACAGACGUCAUUCCUUUCAUUCCAGCAAAACACUGUUUCCGUUUGUUCACGAUGAAAGUUCAGCUGUUUGAGAAUGCUCUCUGUAUCGUGCUGUUGCCGUCUGUGACAAAUUAAAUGUUGUGUGACUGUUGUAAAUAUGUCAAAUAUUGUGUAUGAUUUUGUGUAUAGUUGUGUAAAUACAUUUACCUCCCUUGUGAAACCGGCCUUUAAAAAGCCCUAUUUGUCUGUAUUCUGGUGAUAAUUUGUAAAAUCCCCCCACUUGUCACGUGCUAUGUUUGAUAUUUCAUUUUUAUGUGUGGCAAGAGUUUUUUUUUUGUAUAAGUGAAAUAAACGAGUUCAGAUGAUGGAAAGAGGCUGGAUUAUUUUAGAGACGAUGUACCAGAGCAACUCGUUCCCUUUUGUACCAAAAAGCUGGACUAAACCAGUUCCAACAAGCAUAUAGAUAAUUUAUUGGCAAAACAAAUUAAUAGUAAAA